AUGGAACUAGUCAUACAAGUGAAAGAACUAAUAAACCACAUUCCUAGAGUCUCACUUUUGGAUCUCUCAUGUUUCUACAACAACUUCUCUUUUAUGGACCCUUUGAGGAUGACAAUUGGUGUACAAGAACUUGGCUUAUCGGGUUUCGAAGCAUAUAACAUAUUGUCAACAAGUCAUGGAAUUGAGCCAGAACUUAUUGGAACUCAAUCUUUCACAUUAGCCUUUAGCUUAGGAACAACUAAAGAACAUGCUCAAAGACUUGUUAGUGGAUUGAAGUAUUUAUCAAUCAACUUCUUGCAAGAAGAAAGGGAGAUUAUCAAAAUAGAUCAUGGUAUAGAAAGGGUGCCAUUUGGAGAAGUUUACAUGAGUUGUACGCCAAGAGAAGCCUUUUUUGCUAAGAAAAAGAAAGUGAAUUUUGAAAAAAGUAUUGGGGAAGUUUGUGGAGAAUUUAUUUGCCCUUUCCCUCCAGGUAUCCCAGUGCUAAUUCCAGGUGAAAUCAUCACAAAGAGAGCUAUGGAUUAUCUCAUUCAAGUUAAGGACCAAGGAGCUUAUAUUUCAUGUCAAUAA